AUCAACUUACGUUUAAUACUUGUCAGUGGCAAAACAAAAGAAUUCCUAUUUAAUCCAACGGAUUCGGCUGGUGAUAUAGCACAAACAGUAUUCGACAAUUGGCCAGAAGAUUGGGAACGUGAAGCUGUCUCAAAGGCUGAAAUAUUGCGACUCAUUUACCAGGGUAGAUUUUUACAUUGUAACGUAACAUUGGGUGCAUUGGGCUUGCCACUGGGCAAGACGACUGUUAUGCAUUUAGUACCGCGUGAUAAUUUACCAGAACCCAACUCACAAGAUCAAAGACAAAAAAGUAAAGGUGGUUCCAGUAGAUGCUGUUCAACGACUUGCUGUAUUUUGUAACUAAAUUAUUUUUAGACAUUUU